CAGUGAAUCUAACUACUAGAAUCAAUUGCUAGUUGAAUUUCCAAACCUUCCGUAUUACAAUGAUUAUUCUUAUGAGAUCAUAACCUAAAAAGUUCUGUCUUCUGGUGACAGCAGUGCUGAGUAUACGUCUUCUUUAACAACGUGUUACCUGUGCAGAUGCGGCAUUUUACAAACAUUCGCCGUAUAAAGUAUUAAUUAAUUUUAAUAGACAAUGACUGAAGAAACUGUAGAAAUCGAAGCAUUGUCCAUAAAUGGAACAGACGUCGAAGAAGAUGUUGUAACACCGUGGAAUGUUACGAGUAAAAAUGAUACUGGAAUUGAUUAUGAUAAAUUAAUAAAGAGAUUUGGAAGUUCCAAGGUAGAUGAUGAAUUAAUAACUAGAUUUGAAAAGAUUACACAAAAAAGGCCUCAUCAUUUUUUAAGAAGAGGAAUAUUUUUUUCGCACCGUGAUAUGCACACUAUAUUAAAUCUUUAUGAACAAGGAAAACUGUUCUACCUUUAUACGGGUAGAGGUCCUAGUUCAGAUUCUAUGCAUUUAGGACAUUUAAUACCAUUUAUGUUUUGCAAAUGGUUACAAGAUGUCUUUGAUGUUCCUUUGGUGAUACAAUUGACGGAUGAUGAAAAAGCUAUAUGGAAAAACAUAGAUAUAGAAAGUGCUAUUAAGUUAGCGUAUAAUAAUGCAAAAGAUAUUAUUGCUUGCGGCUUUAAUCCAGCUAAAACAUUUAUCUUUUCAAAUUUAGAACACAUUGGAAAUAAUCCAGCUUUUUAUCAAAAUAUGAUUAGGAUACAACGUUCUGUUACAUACAAUCAAGUGAAAGGUAUAUUUGGCUUUGGUGAUAGUGAUCCUAUUGGAAAGAUUGCCUUCCCGCCAACUCAGGCUGCUCCGGCAAUUUCUGGAACAUUUCCUUUUAUUUUUCAAAAUAAGAAAGUUGCUUGUUUGAUACCAUGUGCUAUAGAUCAAGAUCCAUACUUUCGGAUGACAAGAGAUGUAAUGCCUAAAAUUGGAUAUCCUAAACCUGCUCUGUUACACUCCACUUUUUUCCCAGCAUUGCAAGGUUCUAAAACAAAAAUGUCUGCAAGCGAUAGCAACACAGCAGUAUUUCUAACAGACACACCCAAGCAAAUAAAGAAUAAAAUUAAUAAGUAUGCAUUUUCUGGUGGGCAAGCAACUAUAGAAGAACACAGACGACUAGGUGGAAACUGUGAAGUAGAUGUAUCCUAUCAGUGGCUACGAUUUUUCUUAGAAGAUGAUGAAAAAUUAAAAAAAAUCAGAGAAGGAUAUACUAGCGGACAGAUUCUCUCAGGAGAAAUAAAAAAAGAGUUAAUCGAAGUAUUACAACCUCUCGUUGUUAAACAUCAAGAAGCUAGAAGUAAAAUAACAGAUGAAAUUUUAAAGGAGUUCAUGACUCCGCGAGAUUUAUGUUUUAUAAGUAAAACUUAAUUCUUAGACAACUAGAACAUUUGCACGAAAUGUCCUUAUUCGCAAGCUGUAUUAAAUUAUUGUUAACUUUUAAUUAAUUUAUCAUUAAACAGCACAUGUGUAGAGGCGUCUUUAUACAGUAUCUGGGCCUUAAGGAAGUUUUCAAUGUUAAUAAAAUUAAUUUAAUUUUUCGAUGA